AUUGACUAAUAUCGACUCAAAUUCUCAGUUAAUUCCAUCUAACUGUAUCGACAAGUUUUAAAUUUCGGUCUUUAAGCUGUAAUUGGAAGUUAUAGAGAAAAUUUGCAGCUUCAGAAAAACAGCACCCGGGAAGUCCGCAUGGAUAACGAGACAAUGAUAGGGGGGUAUAAUUGGACAACAACAGGAGCAGAGGGAAUGGGUGAGGGGGGUAUCAGAACAACCACCCCCUGGAAUAUGUUCGACUACAUAUCGUACGGAUACUGGGACUACCUACUGAUCAAAUGGAAGAUCAGAGCUGGAUCUCUUACUGUUAUGUCAUUCACUGGCCUGUUGACGCUGGUUCUCAACACUUACAUCGUCUGUCUUUUCCUGUUUGCCAGGCAGUUCCGCAAACUAGAGUACUACCCUCUGGCGCUCAACUCGUUCGUCGAUAUCUUCGGAAGUGGGCUCAUCCCCCCAAUCACAGAGUUCAUGUUCGCAACCUACGAGUUCAACUAUGAGAGGGGGCGCGAUGCUUUUACAGGAUACUUUUUUCGAUACUUCGGAGAACGCUACCAAAACAAUUACCGAGUGGCGAACUGUCUGGCCUACUUUUUGCGAUACCUCUCAGCCCAGUAUGCUACUGGACCUUGUGUGCUGGUGCUGGCUCUGGACAGAUAUCUGGCUGUGUGCUGGCCCCAUCAAGUCAAGCAGAUUCUCACCCGCAGAGUGAGAGUCGCCAUCUGCACCACAAUCACUCUAAUCAUUCUCUUCAUCGCUAUUGCAUCGUCGGCGAUAGUGAGUAAGAAUUUGUUGGAUGGGGGGAGUACAUGUACUACGAUGAUAUGGGGAGACUUGUUGACGAGGAACAACAUGGACGGACUUCUGUUCUACCUCCUUCCAGCUUCCAUCUCCUGUGUACUCUAUUGCAUUACGGGAUACAGGCUCACACAAAUGCGCGGAUCUCAAAGGGUUCGUAACCGACAACUUACCAUCGCCCUCAUUUUGUCGACAGUGUUUUGGAUGGUGUGUUGGGCACCGCAGACCGCAGUCGCUUUCUACGACAACACGAUUAUGGACAACUUCAACUUCGAGUACUACAACCAGACUAUGUUCUAUUAUAUCAUGCAGGAGAUGAUGGCCUUGAGUUUCCUCUCACAUGCAUAUGUCAGCCCUCUUCUCAUUCUAUUCAUCUCACGCAAGUUCCAGGAGCCGUUUCGCAGAUGGUGGCAAAUUUCGAUCAUCGCUAAACUGAAAGGGGUGGAGAAAGUCUACCAGGGACCCACAGCAUCUUCAACUGCGAACAGUGUGGGCACUGGGGGGACAAGGAGAGGGGGGCUCUCCGUGAAUCCUAGCAGCAACAACAGCCAACUUACAAACAACUCAUCAACCGCCGCAGAAAAAGAGGAGCAACCGAAAAAACACCAGCUGAAGUAACAAAAUCAACAACGAAUAAACAGAAGAAGCUGAAAAGAUGUAUGAACAAACCGCACAUGAAAUGCGUUCAAAACAUUUUUUGCAACAAACUUCAAAAUUAUCACUUGGAAUGUACAAAAACAAGUAAAAAAGUUUUUCGGUUUAUUGGUGCGUCAAUUCAACAUAUGCGCCUGAAUAUUAAGCAUGAGUCCCAUAUUGACUUUCAGGACUUUGAUCCAAAUUUAAAAAAAAUCAAUAAUUAUCCCAA